UAUCUUCUACGCUUUCCUCCAUCAUUGUGCCUUCAACUUCAGGAGUAGGGGAGUUACUUCAAUUAAUUAAGCAGGUCAUUUAGUAGUAAUUUCAUACGUAGGUGUUACAGAAGAUUAAGAACUGCAUUGUUCACUGAACUGUUGUUUUAUUUAACACGCCACUAGUGGAUGUACUUCCGGCUCACAGCGGUGAAUAAUACAACGCGCCGUAAUUUACUAAUUAAACAUUCACGUUUUCUGGGCAACUCGGAGAAGUGUGGCCCUGAAGAGGGAAGUAAAAUCAGCGUUUCUACGCAGUUCUACAUUAGUGUUCAAGCCGUGAUUUCUUCUAUAACCUUGUAGCAUUUCGCAGUUUAUAAACAAUAGUAAAGGAAAAGGGAAUAAGUCUGAACAGAACCUGACCCUCCCAGGUCGCACACAACGACCAAACACCGACAAAAGCAAUACGUUCGGAGAAAUUGGGGCACGAUCGGAAGAAUCCGAGACAAUGAACAUAAGAAGUCACGUGGUAUACUAUAUCCAAUCAAAACUACCUUCGUAUUUUGAAUUUAACUCUGCUCUAACAGUAACACGUUUUAGUUUAGAUUCGUAGUUGAUGUUACGCUGUGUUAGGACAAGAUUGGGAGCAGUAUAGCUAAAAUUGUACAUUGAAAUUCAUUCUGAAGUUUUCCUGUGAACCACAUGUGACUGAGUUUUUGCAUACCCUGGCCUGAUCCAUAUUAUACUUAUUAAUUAGGUAUGAUUUAUUGUACUACAGAAAAGUUACUCGGUUGAUAUCGCACAUGCUAGUCAAGACUGUUCCCUGUGUAUUACAGGCUCGGGAAGAAAUGUUGAACACUGUGUGAUAUUACUGAUCAGGUAAAUCUCUGUACCAUUUACAGGUAGCAGUAGAGAGUCUUAACUAGAUACUGCUUUUUGUAGUGAAAAUCUUGUUCAGUGUAUCAAUUGAUGUAAAAAGUUACUUGUAUGAAGAAUUAACAGACAACGUCAAAGAGAUUUUCCUCUUCUGGAUCAUGCAAGUGCAAAAAGUCAACAACUCUCGUGCACGUCAAAAGGAUUUUUUUCUUGGGUCUCGUGCUUCAGUAGACAGCUUUAGUGAAAAAGAUGAUAGUGUCAUUAUCAUUGAAGAAAAGAAGGGAAGUAGUCAGAAUGCUGAUGCCUCUGUAAUUGAAAUUGAUUGUGAUAUUUCUAAUCUCUCUAUAAUUGAAAUAGAUUCUGAUGUUUCAGUGCCUGACACUCAAGAAUGUUCUACCAUUUCUUCCAAGUUUAUUAAAAACAUACAAAAAAAUAAACAAAUGACAAGUGCCUGUAAUGAUGAAAAUAAUAAAAAUGUAAAUAAUUCUACAACUCUUGUAGAUUCUGCUGGUUCAAAAUUUGAUGAUCAAUUUGUAAAAACUAACCCAGCAAAUGAGGAAACAAAAGUCCUGAAUAAAACUUACAAAAACCAUAAGAAAAAGAGGCAGAUACGAAGAAAAAAGAAAAAGAGGAUUUCAGCAGGUAGUAUCAAUACACCAAAAUAUAAAACUUCAAAAAUCCUAAAAUCACUUUGCAAAAGACACUCUAAACUUAUUAAAUCAUCCAAAAGUAUAAGUAUGUUUAAAUCAGGAACUCUUAUAACAAAUGAAAAGUCAUUUAACCAUUUGGAAGAAAAACAAAUGAUUUCACUUACCUUAAGUAAUAUUAAAGAUACUCCAGUAAUGUGUACAAAGUCCAGUGAAACUAGUCACAGUUUUUCAUGUGAUAAAGGUAAUGCUGUGAAUUGUAAAAAAUCUAAUGACUGGAAAGGUCAAAUUGAAUCAAAGACAACUCCAUCAGCACUUCAAGACAAUGCUCCUGUACCUUUGAGCCAGGGACAUAGUACUUCAAUGAAGAUCACUGUUCCUGUUCAGAUGAAAAGAUUAAGGCCAAUUGUUAUUGACGGAAGUAAUAUUGCUAUGUCUCAUGGAAAACCCAGAAAAGUGUUUUCUUGUCGAGGAAUUGAGCUGUCCAUUAACUACUUUCGCGACCGUGGUCACCAUGAUAUUGUAGCCUUUGUUCCACAGCAUCGACGCUCAAAAAGCUGGUCAAACAAAAUAACUGAUCAACACCUGUUAGAAGCUUUAAGUGACAAACAGCUUAUUGUGUUCACACCAUCUCGAAAAAUAAAUAAGAAAUUUGUCAGUAGCUAUGAUGAUAGAUUCAUUGUUGACUUGGCCACAAGGAAAGGUGGAGUGAUCGUGUCAAAUGAUAAUUAUCGUGAUAUUAUGAAUGAAAGAAGUGACUGGAAAAAAACAGUGAAAAAGAGGCUUCUUAUGUACUGUUUUGUAGGUGAUCACUUUAUGAUACCAUCUGAUCCUCUUGGAAAAGAUGGCCCACAUCUGGAUGAUUUUUUAGCUUUUCAAUGACUUAAAAAGACUCGGCAGACCAGAUUCAUUAGCUGUAUAAAAUCUAGAAGUGUAGGAUUGUAGCUACACUGAACCAUAUAUGGCUUCACUGAAGAUAUUGACUGCAGUGAAAAUCGUAACUUCAAUGACCGUAGAAGAUGCCUACUUAGUUGAUAAUAUUAUGUACCUUUAACAUCUUCCAAGAAUCAUAUGUAGCAUAAUUCUAAACAAUUGAAUAAAUGGUCAGCUUAGAAAGUUGAAAGAUAUUUGUAUUUUUUAUACAUUUAAAGGUGAAGUUCAGUGUGAUGUGUAUUUUCAUGUAACAUGAUACUUCACACAAUAAUAAAAAUAAAGAUAUAAAAUUCUGUGUAAUAUUGCAGCUAUGUUAAACUUUUUUAAAGAUCUACAAGUUUAGUAAAAGAUUGUGUUCAUUCUGUGUUACACAGUUGUAUUUUUAGUGUUUAAAAUUUUUUAAUUCUUUUUAUUUUUGUGUUAUAUUCAUGGUGAGA